ACUGCUUCACUGUAGUUGGAUCCAAUUUAAAAAAAAUAAUAAGGGGAAACAAUACCAGUAACUUGCGGUUAUAGAUAUCCGCUCGUUUUAAAAAAUGAGUUGUAAUGUUAUGUAAGAUAAAGUGAUUUUUUAAGUAAGAGGGAUAUUUUCCCCACCAAAAAAAAAAAAAAAAAAAGCUAUAUCAACAAUUUGGAGGACUCUCGGCUGUUUGAGGUUAAUUGUGCCAGUAUGGACAAGUCUCACCUUUCCAGCCCUAAUGACAUUAUCAUGACGAGUUCAACAGGCCCAUACCCACAGGAACCCCUCACUCCCCCCAGGCCCAACCACCACCACUCCUCGUCAUCUUUAUCUUCGCCUUCACCCUCAUCGUCCUCCUCGCCCCUCAAGCCCAAUCAGGUCGGCCAAGUGGUCCUGUAUGGCGUUCCGAUUGUGUCGUUGGUCAUCGAUCACAACGAGAGACUUUGCCUUGCGCAGAUUUCAAACACACUGCUCAAAAACUACAGUUACAAUGAAAUCCAUAACCGGCGCGUGGCACUGGGCAUCACCUGCGUCCAGUGCACUCCUGUCCAAUUGGAAAUCCUCCGCCGUGCCGGGGCGAUGCCCAUCUCGUCACGUCGCUGUGGCAUGAUCACCAAACGAGAGGCAGAGCGCCUUUGCAAGUCCUUCCUGGGGGAGAACAUGCCUCCGAAACUGCCCGACAACUUUGCCUUUGACGUGACCCACGAGUGCGCCUGGGGUUGCCGUGGCAACUUUAUUCCUGCGCGUUACAACAGUUCACGGGCCAAAUGCAUCAAGUGUUCCUUCUGCAACAUGUACUUCUCCCCAAAUAAGUUUAUUUUUCAUUCCCACCGCACGCCGGACGCCAAAUACACCCAGCCCGAUGCUGCCAACUUCAAUUCGUGGCGGCGACACCUCAAACUUAGCGACAAACUUCCGGCAGACGAAUUAGUUUACGCUUGGGAAGAUGUGAAGGCUAUGUUCAACGGAGGAAGUCGGAAAAGGGCGUUGCCCUCGGCAGGCCACUGUCAUUCUAUGGGUCCUAUGAAAACCGUAGGCUCGGUGAUGCCUCACAUGAUGGGAGGCGACAUUAAUGCUCAGAAAAGAGCCCACUUUGAUGAUGAAGACGACCUUGAAGGAGGUGGUUUGUCUCCCCGUAAGACACCGCGUAGUUACCCUGUCAUCCCUGUACCUAGCAAAAGCUUCGGCAUGCUCCAAAAGUUCCCCCCAACAUCGCUUUUCCCAUCGCCGUACCCUUUCCCGGCAUUCGGCCUCUGUCAGCAGAAAAAAGAGGACAGUGAGGUUUCAACCGGACACAAAGGAACAGGACUGUCGGGUCUUUUGUGGCCCGGACGUAAGGAUGCUUUUUAUCCUCCUUUUUGCAUGUUUUGGCCUCCGAGGGCAGCGGGUGGGAUCCCCGUGCCUACAUACCUGCAGCCUCAGCCUAGCCUUUCUUCCCUGGCUGACAAUCCCUCCCUGAGGCAGGCCUUCCUGGACCUGUCCGACUCCUCUGAACCUGUAACUGGCAACAGUGUUAGCACAAAUAUGACCCCCAACAGCGGAAGCGUCGCAUCUAGAUCUGGUCUCUUUGACCCUGAUUGUUCAAUGGUAACCCCUGACCUUCGGCCUGUGACUUCAGAAAGUUGGCUCAAACUAUUAGACAACCCAACACUCCAAACCAGAAAGCCCAGCUAUGGUUCAGCCUUCCGCCCUGUUGUCAAGGAUGCAGAGAGUAUCGCUAAGCUCCACAGCAAUGGAGGAGGUGUCGCCGGGGUGACGGAUGACGAGUCGGGGGUCAUUGUGGCCGGGUCGGACUGCCACCCGCGGCUGUCGCCCAGCAGCAGCUGUAGUUAUGGUAGUGAAAGCGGGGGCGAAGGAGAAGUGGAGGGAGGGGAAAGUGAGGAAGAUGGAGAGGUGGAUGUGGAGUCCUCUAAACAGGAAGACGAAGAAGAAGAGGGGGGCUUCACAAGGCGGCCCCCACAGACUCAAACAAACCUGUUCCUGCCCACGGUGAGCAACAGUGAGGAUCAGGAGAAGGAGAGGGGGAGUGUUACAACGUAUCCCGGCGCUUCCCCUCCCUCCUCUUUGGACCCCGUCCGUCAGGAGUCCCCCAGCCUGCCCGCCUCUUCACCCGCCAGCUUGCCGCUCCCGAGCUCCAGCCCGGUGCACAGAGAAGACACUUCUUACAAAAACGUGGACAAAAACAGAAAUGAAGGACUACCUGCCUACGCAACCAAAGACUCCAUGUCAGAUGAGAAUAAAGAGCAGAACGGCUUCUUUGGUGCCGAAAAUGAGACAUCAGCGCCGGACUACUGGAGGGAAAAUACAGGCGACCAAAGUCAAGGGAGUUCGUCUCCUGUGCAGCUAAAGAAGGAUGUAGAGAAUAUGGAGAAAGAAGAGCUCCAGAAGGUACUCUUGGAGCAGAUCGACUUCAGGAGGAGACUGGAGCAAGAGUUUCAUGCUCUGAAGGGAACCUCCCCAUUUCCUGUCUUCCAUAAUUUCCAAGACCAGAUGAAAAGAGAGCUUGCCUACAGAGAAGAGAUGGUUCAGCAUUUACAGAUGAUUCCGUACGCAAACAUUAUUAGAAAAGAAAAGAUCACCUCCCAUCUUAAUAAGUAGCUAAAAGGCUGGAAAAACACAUUUGGGCCGAAGAAUUCAGAGGAACUUCUAUCCAAAUUAUGAUCAUCUACAUGGAAGAAAAAUACAUUUUAAAGUAUAAUGCUGACAUUUCUUUGGUUUGUUUGCACCUGACAUGUUUGUGCUCUUCCCUGCAACUGAUUUCCUAAAAGAGAAACGCAUUCAUGACCUCAGACAAGCAUCAGCAGUCAGACUCAAAAGAAACAACCAGGACCCUCUGUGAAUUUACCUGGUGAAUUUAAAGGAUAAUCUACUGAGGUUUAACUACCUGACUUUUUUUUUUUUUUUUUUUUUUUAAAGAUACACAGAGUAAGAUUUGGCUGACACGGUUUUGUUCUACAGAUUCUGAACUGCUGCUCUAAAUAAACAUUGGACAGGGAUGGCCCUCAUGCAAAUACAGUUGAUGUAUUUACUAUUUUUGUGGCUUUAAUAAUAUUAAACGGCCUAAUAGCCAUAAAUUACUGUGAAAGUUGUCAUCACACAGGAAAUGUUACCUCAAAAAAUAUAAUUUAAUCAAAGUAUACUACAGAUAAGUAUCUUGAUAGUACCUUUUUUCCUGUAUAAUUCCACAGAUACUUUAUAAAAAAUAAAAAAAUUAAUAAUACAUUAAUUGAAGGUUUUGCUUUCAUACAAAGGCAGUGAUUAGUAUGCUGCCUUUUUAAUGGGUUUGUGGUGUCUGCAGAUGCUAAAUAGAGAUACAUUUUAUAUACUGUAAUGAAUUUGUAAAAUAUCCAAACUAACUUGUACAUAAUGUUCUGUGAGAGUAUUCAUCCUCACAGUCUGUGUGUAUGUUUUCCACUUCAUUUUUUCAUUUCUUUCAUUUAUCAUUUCAGUAUUGGGGCUAAGACCCUGACUUUAAGCAUAUGAUUAUUACAAAGGACCUAUGACGAUGCUGUCAGUUGUAUUUCACAAAGUGUAAAAUGACACGUCAUUCAUGAUGUUUAUAUCGGACGAACCAAAUGGACGAAGUUGUCAUUUGCUGAUGAAAAUGUUCUAAUUAUAAACUGCAGAUGUAUUUAAAUUAAAUAACCAAUGUUCCUAUUCUCUUCGAUUUACUCUAUGUGUAAAUUAAAAGACUACAAAUAGAUGGUUUAAUAAUUGGAUUUUUUUUUUUUAUUCUCAUCAUUUGCAUGCCCUUCAAAUUAGAAGUAACUCAUGUCAGAAAAUACACCCAAGAAUACUGCAAUUUGUUGUAAUAAUAACAAUGUAAGAAUCACAGACACAUACAAAAUCACCUUCAGGAAAAUAAAACGUUGAAUUUUUUUGUUUGCUUUUUUAAAAAUUCUUUUUUCAACGAUGGUACUCGUAUUUACGAUGAUUGUGGUCGAUUUACGACCCUAGUUUAC